GAAGUGCUGUGCGCCUAUAUAAGUUUCCGCGUUGCGGGUGAAGGUUAGUGUCUCCCGCGCCGGCAGCGAGAGGCCAGGAUGUCAGCGACGGGAGCCCCGGGGGAUGCGCAGGGCGACAACGACCGCGAUGACCCUUCCGGAGACCUCCGCAGUGUGCUGGUCACCAGCGUGCUCAACCUCGAGCCGCUAGAUGAGGAUCUCUUCAGAGGAAGGCAUUACUGGGUACCCACCACCCAGCGGCUCUUUGGGGGUCAAAUUGUGGGCCAGGCCCUGGUGGCUGCAGCCAAGUCUGUGUGUGAAGACGUCCAUGUGCACUCCCUGCACUGCUACUUUGUCCGGGCAGGUAAACCCCACAUCCUGGCUUCUUGCUUGCAGCCACCCCUGGUGGCCCAGAAGUCACAUCUUCCUGGUUUUGAAGGCUGACGCAAGAGAAGGGGGAAAAAGAAGUGGGAGGGUCAGACAAGAGUAUGGAGAAGGGAGAGAGGAUUCCCUGAAAGGUCCCUAAGGGGCUGAGGAUGUGGCUUAGUAGUGAGCACUUGGCUAGCACAUGAAAGGGACUGUAUCCCAUCUCAAGAACCAGAAGCAGGGAGGGAGCCCAUCAUGUUGCCUCAGGUCUGUGGUCUCAACCCUUGGGAGGCUGAGAUGGGAUCUGGAAGCAACACAGAUCCUCCUUGAGGCCCACUAAAUACUUGUUCUCUGGUUCUUGAUGCCACAGACUCAGGUUUAUCUGCCUCUGGUGGGCCUUUCUUUGUAGCUUUUUUGUUUAUUUUCUGUUGAGAUAGGGUCUUAUUUUGUGUAGCCCUGGCUGGCCCCAGCCUUCAUGACACCAGGCCUGGAUUUGUUCUUCAUUCAUUCCUUUUGUUUUUAAUUUGUUUUGUUUUUUGAGACAGAGUUUCACUGUGUAUGCCUGGCUGACCUGGGAAUCACAAAGAUCCAUUUGCCUUUGCCUCCCAAGAGCUAGGAUUAAAGACAUUUGCCCCCAUACCCAACCCUCUUUUAUUUA